AUGCCAAGAUCUAAAGGAGCUAGAGGGGCUAAUAAAAAGCCACCAUAUUCUUAUAUUACGUUAACUGUUAUGGCCAUUGCUGCAUCACCACAAAAAAUGCUGCAGUUGAGCGAUAUUUACAAAUUUAUUACCGAUAACUUUCCUUAUUAUCGUGAAAAUCGCCAGCGUUGGCAAAAUUCGUUAAGACAUAAUUUAUCAUUUAACGAUUGUUUUACGCGUAUACCGAGACAACCUGGACAAAGCGGUAAAGGUGGCUUUUGGGCGUUGCAUCCAGAUUGUAAUCAAAUGUUUGAAAAUGGAAGUUUACUACGUAGGAAAAAACGAUUUAAA